AACAGGCUAGUUAGCAUCAGCCCAUCGUGGCGUAUUUUUUAUUUGUUGGUUCGUGUUUUUAGUUACAAUAUUAUUCAAUCUGUUUAGUUAUUUCCAAGCAACCGGAAACUUGGAAAACUAACGUUGUGAAGAUGUGGUUACUGCUAUUUGGUCUGCUAUCUUUAUUUGAGUUGCGGUCUCUAGCUCCAGCAUUCGACGAAACAUUCCAAGUCGGGACUGAACAACAAUUUAGCUUAUCCAACAAAUUGCAAGUAGGGGCCGCUAACAAUGACUCCAAGCAAGUUGGAUAUCACUUCCAAGCUGUUAUAACUGUUGGUGCUGUUUGGGGUACUCAAGACUCAAGGUUAUUGAUGAUUCAGGUUAAAAAUCCAGCAGUGUCCAGUCUACCUGAUACAAAACCUGGGUCAGUGGAAGGCAUAGAAACCCCUUUCUAUGCUUGGUGGCAGCUGGGGCGCAUAAACGCUGUGUAUUUUACUGAAUCAGAUUCGGUUCUGGUAAGGAAUUCGAAGAAAGCGAUUGGAGCGCUGUUUCAGUUCCAGUUACUGGAUGGAACAUACUUAGAAGAGGAUCCGUCUGGUCUAUGUAAGGUUACGUAUACAUCUCGUUCGUCGACGCGAUACCACAAAUCAAAAGAAAGCUGCCAGUUUAAUUCGAAUCGCAUACAACGAACUGAAUAUCCGUUGCAAAGUAAAGUCAAAAUAUCUCGUAACACCGAUUUUACGGUCUCCACCGAAGGGUGCCUUCAGACGGUUCUCAGCCGAGAGUUCGCGAAGUAUGUGCUCAACGCAUUUGAUAACUUUGGUGCACAUUAUGACUCGACCAUUGAAAUGAAGGCGAUAGGAAUUUCUAGAAACACUGUUGUUUUGCAGGGGUCCAGCAUUGAAGAGGUACUAAAGGACUUAUAUCUGGAUAGUGAUACCUUGCAGAUACAAAACUAUCGAUCGGCAUGUACUGGCGAUCAAUGCGAGAGCACUGUAGCAUUUUUCAAAAAGUACCAAAAAUCAUUAACAGACGGCGACAUUGGCACGGGAAAAUCAUCGACAACACUGAUAGAGUUGGUUCAAGCAGCACGUCAAGCCACGGUAGAAGAACUGUUGCGUAUACUCAAAGCAAAAACUUCCCAACCGCUUAAGGGACAAUUAUUAGAUAUCCUUGGGGCAGCCCAAACAGUUGCCUCGCAUGAAGCUGCCAAAACCGAAUUCAGGGUUGCUUCGAAUGAGGAAGAUACAUCGCUUGCUGAACGGUAUCUGCAGGCACUCGCCAUUGCUACCCGACCGCAGAAGAAAAUCAUUGAAGAUCUGCUACAGUUAGCCCAGAAUGAACCAAAAAAUGUAAAAUUGGCCGAUAGCUUGAUUCAAUGUCUGUCUUCUGUUACCCAACGGUACGCACAAGUUGAAGCGCAUGGUUAUGACUCGGAGCUGGUACGCAAAGUUACUACAUUUAUAAUGGAAAGAAUUCAAGGUUGUACAAAAGAUGGUUGUAAACUAAGAUACAUUCGUGGCCUUCACAACCUUAAAAACCCUGUUACGGCGCACAUGCUUCUCAAGCUUGUACAAGAGGCUCCUCGUUCAAUAAGCGUAGCCGCUAUGAAAGGCCUCAAAUCGUUUUCCGUUCACUUGUGGAACGAUGAAUUCAAAUCAAGUUUUGAUGCCAUUCUCUUUCAAGUCUUCCGUCCAUACGACUCUAGCGCUCGUGCUUUAGCCUUCGAUAUUUUACUAGAUAUGAAACCAAACUACUUCGAACUGAUGCAUUUGAUGCAGCUAUUGAAAUCAAACGACAAAUCCUUCGAGGUGAAGCAAUAUAUGUUGCAGAAGUUACGAAUGCUUGCUGAGCAGUGCAGAGAAUUUGCCGUAUUGCUUCAAAAGGUUAUCGAGGGUGACCCUACGUUAAAUAAUUAUCAUGUACUCGUCCCCAAAGGGCUUUCCACGGCACUAAGUCGACAGUUUUCAGAGCCACCAACGUUCAAUGCUUCGAUUUCCAGCCUACAAGAGAUGAGUGGAGGUGUUCUCAAGCGAGGCAUUGUUGAUCUGACGCUCAAUGUAAACGACGAAAAAACCAGCAUUUUCACUCUAGGAUUGUUCGCCGGAGGUUUGUCAUCGUUUGUCAGCAGCGAUGCAGAAGAAUCCAACGACGUCGAAGAGGAGGAAACAAUGGCUGGUAUGGAGCUUUCUAUACAAGGCACAGUCAUGAGGCCACUAGUCUUCUUCAGUGGAAAAGGAGAACUAAUGGGACAUGUGUGGAGCGGCACAGCAUCAGAACGCACACCAGCCUAUCAGGCGACCACGUUAUUGCAGGACAAUGAAGAAUGGUUCCACUCGCAAAGCGGAGCAACGUUGCGUCUUUCGGCGACUGGUGCGAUUUCCAUCGACCUUAACGGUCAAGUUACUAUGAGCCUGUGGGGGCGAAAUGCACAAUCAAAAGUCGAGCAAAAUACUGGCAUCACCAUGACUGGUUCCUUGUCCGCGGAAACCGCAUUCGCUUCAAUUGCGGUCAACUUUAGUACGGUGCAGGAACCACAGCUUCACCUUACAUCUGCCCUUGAUUUUUCCAGCGAUCCAGUUUUAUGUAUGCAGCUAGUGCAACCAAAAAAUACAAUGAAAGUACAGUUUUACAAAACUGUAUUCUUAGUUGGAUGGAAACAAAGCACAGUGUACAAAAAAACUAAAUUAUAUAACUUUAACGGAUUGACUCAUGUCCUAAACCGUAAGAACAACGAGAUGUGCAAUCUGAUUUCAUAAAAAUUGUCGCUCAUAGAUCUUAAAUACAUGAAUAUACAUAUAUAUGGAAAUCACAAUGCUCAAAUAAAACUUCAAUAUACAUGUU